CACAGGCCUUCCGGCGCUCGGAAGAGCAGUGGAGGCUUAGGCUUGAGCGACGCUAAUACUAAAGAGAUGCCGAAAGUGGUCUCCCGCUCCGUGGUGUGCUCGGACACCCGGGACCGAGAGGAAUAUGACGACGGCGAGAAGCCUCUCCACGUCUACUACUGUCUGUGCGGCCAGAUGGUGCUAGUCCUGGAUUGCCAGUUAGAGAAAUUACCCAUGAGGCCCCGGGACCGAGCCCGGGUGAUUGAUGCAGCCAAACAUGCUCACAAGUUCUGUAACACAGAAGAAGAGGAGAGUGUCCAUCUCCGGAGGCCUGAAGGCAUAGAACGGCAAUUCAGGAAGAAGUGUGGAAAGUGUGGCUUGCUAUUAUUUUACCAGCACCAGCCGAAAAAUGCUCCAGUGACCUUUAUCGUGGAUGGAGCAGUUGUCAAGUUUGGGCAGGGUUUUGGAAAAACCAACAUAUACAGUCAAAAACAAGAGCCUCCUAAGAAGGUAAUGAUGACUAAGCGUACCAAGGACAUGGGCAAAUUCAGCUCGGUCACCGUCUCCACCAUUGAUGAAGAAGAGGAAGAGAUUGAAGCUAGAGAAAUUGCUGACUCAUAUGCGCAGAAUGCCAAAGUGAUUGAAAAACAGUUGGAGCGGAAGGGCAUGAGCAAGAGACGGCUUCAGGAGCUGGCUGAGCUAGAAGCAAAGAAAGCCAAAAUGAAAGGGACCUUGAUUGACAACCAGUUCAAAUGACAGAGAACCUUGCUUGGGGCCAGUGGCAAACUUCCUUGAGAUGGGCGCGCUGGUCACCACCACAACACUCAACAGCAACGGAUCCUGUUUUCUACAAUCUAAAGAGUUCUCCUUGCCUUCCUGCCUAUGCAUUCAUAGGCUAACAGCACUAACCCUAACGUAGAGAAAGAUUCCUAACAUCUUGCUCUGCUUGUUUUUUCUAGACUCUUGUGUGUGUGUGUGUGUGUGUUUUUGUUUGUUUGUUUUUGUCCAGUGGGUGUUUUACUUACAUUUUUUCUGCUGAAGUUAUGGGAACAGAGAACAAUGUCUGAAUUCCUUUGUCUUUGAACAUAGUUGUUUUUACUUUCUUCCUUUGAACUUAGUACAAAAUAAAAGCCUUUGGAAAAA